GACAACUCACACUAAAACGACAUAAAAAUUAAAAACGACAACAACAGAAGAACGAGAGAAACACUAAAAAACGACAACUCACACAAAAACGACAAAAUAACGUCAACCAUUGGCUAAAAAAAUACAAGAGACUUGAUAACAGUUAUCAACCUCAACCUUACUGGGCAGCCAUGGCGAAGGUGUUGGUGGAGGAGCCAGUAGAGUCCGAAGCAGAAAUCGUUAACUUCGGCAAAUCUUUAAUAGUGCCAAGUGUUCAGGAGCUAGCCAAACAGCCAUUGCUCCAGCUUCCUCCACGGUACUCCCACUGCCUUCAAGAAUCUCCGCUCGUCUCCGAUCUAUCGUCGUCUCCGUCAAUACCCGUCGUUGAUAUCCACCGUUUGGCUACGAAGGAAUACACUGACUCUGAAUUUCAGAUACUACACUCCGCUUGUCGAGAGUGGGGAUUUUUCCAGGUUGUAAAUCAUGGGAUUAGUGCUUCAUUGCUGGAAAAGUUCAGGGCAGAGGUUGAGAAUUUCUUCAAACUUCCUUACGAGGAAAAGAAGAGGUUGUGGCAGCAGCCAGACAACCAUGAGGGUUUUGGGCAGUUGUUUGUUGUAUCAGAGGAGCAGAAGUUAGAUUGGUCUGACAUGUUCUACAUAACCACACUACCACUCAGCUUGAGGAAGACUCAGCUCUUCGAAAAGCUUCCAAUGGAACUCAGAAACACUAUGGAAGCUUAUUCGAUGGAAGUGAAAAAGCUAGCUAUGGUGAUUUUAGAACAUAUGGCUAAAGCUUUGAAGAUGGAUGGUGAGGAAAUGAGAGAUUUGUUUGGUGAAGGAUUUCAGUCAAUUAGGAUGAAUUACUACCCUCCAUGCCCUGAACCAGAUUUGGCUAUUGGAUUUACUCCUCAUUCUGAUGCUGAUGCUCUUACAAUCCUUUUCCAGCUCAAUGAUACCGAAGGGCUUCAAAUCCGAAAGGAAGGAAGAUGGGUUUCUGUGAAACCACUUCCAAAUGCUUUGGUUGUCAACAUUGGAGAUAUCAUGGAGAUUUUGAGCAAUGGCAUGUACAAGAGUAUUGAGCAUAGAGCAAUUGUAAACUCAUCAAAAGAGAGGCUAUCAGUUGCUACAUUCUACAGUUCCAAGCUAGACUUGGAAUUGGGACCUGCUCCUAGCAUUAUUGGCCCUGAGAACCCAGCAAUAUUCCGACGAGUCCCCCUAGAGAGUUACCACAAGGAAUUCUUCGCUCGAAAGCUCAGCGGUAAGUCCUACCUUGAUUUCAUGAAAAUGGAGAACAAAGAAUAAAAUGUCAGAUGAACAUCUCUAAAAUAAAAUGUUUGUAGGAACGAGGAACUUUCCGUUUAGUUGACAUUCAAUUGUAUAAUCAAGAGCCUUCUAUGGUAGUAUAUAUUCGGUUCUAUUUUGUUUUGUAAGAGAAUUUACAACCUAAUUAAUGAACUGCAGAAGCAGAACCACUACAACAUUGUAGUGAGUGAUUUAACAAAA